ACGUCGAAUGUGUCGGCCCGGUCGAUUAUAUGAUUUUUCUACGUGACUACCUAUAAAAACAGACUUAUAAAAUCGCGUCUUUUCGUGUCCGAUGUCUAGUGCUGGAAUCGCAGACAGCCCCAUCGAUCCUCCAGCAAAAAAGCGUAAGCUUGACUCGAAAAUUUGCAGCCUCGACAUGGCGAAUAACGAAGCUUCGGGAUCCUCGAACGCCGGCGAAAUCGACGAGGGACUCUACUCGAGACAGCUGUACGUGUUGGGACACGAUGCCAUGCGACGCAUGGCCACCAGUGAUGUGCUCGUCUCCGGUCUGGGCGGUUUGGGUGUCGAAAUAGCUAAAAAUGUGAUCUUAGGCGGCGUCAAAUCAGUGACUCUCCACGACGAUGCUCUUUGCACCGUGCGGGAUUUGUCAUCGCAGUUCUACCUCACCGACGCCGACGUGGGGAAAAAUCGCGCGGAGGCCUGCUGCAAGCACCUCUCCGAGCUCAACACCUACGUCCCGACGAAGCCCUACACGGGCCCCCUCGACGAGAAGAUCAUCCUCAAGUACCGGGUGGUGGUGUUGACUAAUAGCACUCGUGCCGAGCAGCUCCGUAUCAGCGAGAUAACGCAUAACAACGAUAUCGCUUUGAUAAUCGCCGAUACCAAAGGUCUGUUCGCUCAAGUCUUCUGCGACUUCGGCAAGGCCUUCUCCGUGGUGGACGUCAACGGGGAACCCCCCGUCUCCACCAUGAUAGCCGAUAUAUCGAACGAUACAGAGAGCGUGGUAACUUGCAUAGACGACACCAGGCAUGGAAUGGAGGAAGGCGACUACGUCACCUUCUCCGAGAUCUUAGGCAUGACCGAAUUGAACAACUGCAAGCCCAUCAAAAUCAAAGUGUUGGGCCCUUACACGUUCAGCAUCGGCGACACCACCAAAUUCUCCAAGUACGUCCGAGGAGGCAUCGUAACGCAAGUGAAGAUGCCCAAAGAGGUGCACUUCAAGCCGCUGAAGGAGUCGCUGCAGAAUCCCGAAUUCGUGGUGACCGAUUUCGCCAAGUUCGAUCACCCCAUCCAAUUGCACCUCGCCUUCUCCACGCUGCACAAGUUCGUGGAGAAGACCGGGCGGUUGCCGAAGCCCUGGAACAAGGACGACGCCGCCGAGUUUAUCGCCUUGGCGAAAUCCUUGGCGGUGAACGGUUCCACCGACAACGAGGUCAACACCGAUAUACUCAACGUUUUCUCCAAGUGUUGCUCGGGCGAUUUGAAUCCCAUCAACGCCACGAUCGGAGGCAUCGUGGCGCAGGAGGUGAUGAAAGCCUGCUCGGGGAAGUUCUAUCCCAUCUACCAAUGGUUGUAUUUCGAUGCCAUCGAAUGCCUGCCCCAAGACAAGGACGAGAUCACCGAGGAACUGGCCGCUCCCGUUGAUAGUCGAUACGACGGACAGAUCGCUGUGUUCGGUAAAGAUUUCCAGAAGCGAUUAGGUGAAUUGAAAUAUUUCAUUGUGGGCGCCGGAGCGAUCGGUUGCGAAUUAUUGAAGAACUUCGCCAUGAUGGGAUUGGGAACGCAAGGCGGUCAAAUCACCGUAACCGAUAUGGAUUUGAUCGAAAAGUCGAAUUUAAACAGGCAAUUUUUAUUCAGACCCCACAACGUUCAACAACCCAAAUCCGCUACCGCUGCUAAGGUAAUUAAGAAGAUGAAUCCCGACGUUAACAUAGUGGCCCACGAGAACCGAGUGGGCCCCGAAACGGAAAACGUCUACAACGACGAGUUCUUCGAGGUCCUCGACGGCGUUGCCAACGCCCUGGAUAACGUCGACGCGCGAAUAUACAUGGACAGACGGUGCGUCUACUAUCGCAAGCCUCUCCUCGAAUCGGGCACUUUGGGCACCAAAGGCAACACCCAAGUAGUGGUACCGUUCCUGUCGGAGUCGUACAGCUCGUCGCAGGACCCGCCCGAGAAGAGCAUACCGAUUUGCACGCUGAAGAACUUCCCCAACGCCAUCGAGCACACGUUGCAAUGGGCUCGCGACAACUUCGAGGGUUUGUUCAGGCAGAACGCCGAGAACGCGUCGCAGUACCUGCGAGAUCCGGAUUUCAUCGAGCGCACCGUCAAACUGCCGGGCGUCCAGCCGCUGGAGGUGCUGGAAUCGGUGAAGGCGGCGUUGAUCGACGAAAGACCGAAGGAUUACGACGAUUGCCUGGCGUGGGCGCGCCUGCAUUGGGAGGACCAAUACGCCAAUCAGAUCAAGCAGCUGUUGUUCAAUUUCCCGCCCGAUCAACUCACCAGUACCGGCCAGUUGUUCUGGUCGGGGCCGAAGAGGUGUCCGGAUCCGCUCGUGUUCGACAUCAACGAGGAGUUGCACGUGGAUUACGUGAUAGCCGCGGCUAAUUUGAAAGCUCAAGUUUACGGUAUACCCACCAAUAGGAAUAGAUGUUAUGCCAAGCAAGUCGUCACCGGCAUCGAGGUGCCGGCGUUUGUGCCCAAAUCGGGCGUGAAAAUCGCCGUGACCGACUCGCAGAUGGCCAUGAACGGUAACAACGUCGACUUGGAUCGGAUCAAUCAAAUCAAGCAGGAAUUGCCUUCGAUGGAGGAGCUGAGCGACCUGAAGUUGACGCCGUUGGAAUUCGAAAAGGACGACGAUGCCAAUUUCCACAUGGACUUCAUCGUGGCGGCCUCGAAUUUGAGAGCGGCCAACUACAAGAUUCCUCUGGCCGAUCGACACAAAUCUAAGUUAAUCGCUGGUAAAAUCAUCCCGGCGAUAGCUACAACUACUUCGGUGGUGGCCGGUUUGGUUUGUUUGGAAUUGUACAAACUGGCGAGGAGUAUCAAGAGUUUGACGCCGUUUAAGAACGGCUUCGUGAAUUUGGCGUUGCCGUUUUUCGGAUUCUCCGAGCCCAUCGCGGCGCCUAAAAUGGAGUACUGCGGUAACCAGUGGACCUUGUGGGAUAGAUUCGAGGUGCAAGGAGAGAUGACGCUCGCCGAGUUUCUGGAGUAUUUCAAGGAGAAGCACGGUUUGGAGAUUACGAUGCUGUCCCAAGGGGUGUGCAUGCUGUACUCGUUCUUCAUGCCUAAAGCCAAAGCUCAAGAAAGGUUAGGACUGACGAUGUCUGAGGUGGUGAGGAGAGUGUCGAAGAAGAAGAUUGAGCCUCACGUUAGAGCGUUGGUUUUUGAGUUGUGCUGCAACGACGCCGACGGCGAGGACGUGGAGGUUCCUUACGUUAAAUACAACUUGUAUUGAAAUUGAACAAACACCAGUUCAGUCAUUCUACACGAACUUUAUAACAUUUUUGGGGGUCAGUGGCCAAAUUAAACUAUUGUUUUAUAAAUUAUGGUAGUUGUAGUUUCGUUGUUUUGAUUUUUUUUUGUUAGAUAAAACAGAUUUUUAAUGUAAUAUAUUAUCGGAGGCAAAUCGGAUUUAGAUCACAUGGAUUCGCUUAAGUUGUACCGCAAAUUCAAAAAGUAAACAAAUUGACAAUAAUUGAGAAAAAAAUUAUUGUAAUUCUAGUGCGCAUUUUUGUUAUUUUUGAAUAUGUUUGGAGCACUGACCUUAAAAACUGAACUAGAGAGUUGCACGACUGGGACAUUGUGAUCUGUAUUAAAUUAUUUUUUUUUUGUAAGAAAACUUCAAUGAUUUGCUGACAGUUUUAAUGAAACGAUUUUUAUUAAAUUUAUUAUGAUUACUAAGGGUUUUGUAGCAUUUAAAUACGCUGGAUGCAAUAUAUUAAUAUAACUUGUAGAAUUCUUGUUAUUUUUAUGAAAAUCGUAGUUUGCAAAAUAACACUUAUUAUUUUCCUAAAUAUUUUCAUGUGUGAAAGUAAAAAUAAAUAUUUACAGAAUG